ACGGGAUCGUACCGCAAUGAUGUUCAUGUUUUCCAAGUGCUACCUAUAUAAGUAUACAAGCCACUGUUGGUGCAACAUUACUGUACCUGAGUACGACCCACUGACUCCACGGAUAUUGGAGAUGUACCGCCUGAAGCUCCAGAGUGCCCCACUACUGCCCCUCGACGCGCCAGACAGAGAGGCCCCAGCCCAUGGCUUUCCUAACACGCCUGGCGGAGCGAUCCGACUUCUCGAAAGUCCCCAAACUCGAUCCUUUGUCUUCGAAGAUGCCGCCAACUCGAGAAGAAGGCGAGAAGCAGCAGGCGGCUCAGCAAGCCGUGGACAUCUUACACGAAAUCUCGACCAUUCUAAACUGCCAACUUGAUAGGAGGACGCUAUCUAUUUGUAUCUCCAUGAUUGAGAACGGUGUGAACCCUGAGGCUCUUGCUUCCAGUACCUCCGGAAGGAGGCCCAGAAGGAGAAGUUCAGGGGCAGAGAUCGUGGCCAGGAAGUUUAAUGUGCGACUUAAGUUUAACCCAUUCCAGCCGCUAUGUAUGGUUAGGAGUGUGGUGGUAUAUUUCUGCCUGUUGAUGCGUUAAAGGGUUAGGCGUUGCACUGGGAUAGGAGUUCGUCGCACAGUCUUUGGACGAGCUGUUCGCUGCUUCUAAGAGCACUGGAGUACUAUGAAGAUUCAUACCUCAAAUUCCAGCAGAUCCGUACUACAAACGACUUCUCAGUUGAGAAACAUCACAGCUACGACUGAUCGGGAUA